AUGCACAAUUGCGACAACGACAAAAUACUUGCAGCUGCGGUACGCGCUUGCGAUGCGGUCGGAAUUGUCCCGUGCAUCGUCGAUUUUACAGGACAUUUUUUCGCACCUGUGGUUGCAGCUCUGAAGCUUGCGGAGCUGGACGACUAUUUGUCGCCUUCACAGAAUUGUGUUGUUCCGCUUAUAGUUGAUUCGUCUAACCAGCGGGUGCCGCCUGGCAGGCCCGCUCGUGUUAGCGGCGUCAAAAACGAUGGAUCAUAUAGAGGGGGGAAGAGAACUGCGACGCCUUCGGGCGGCCAAAACGACGCGGAGAGGGUCGUUUUGCCGCUGAAGAGCUCGCAAAACGCUAAUUCCUACCAGCGAGCAGAUUUGAUCCGCACUGAGAGAACAGGGAGCGCAGGUACUGCAGGGACAGCUACGAGAAACAACGUUGCCGGGGGCCUGCAUGCGCGAGGUGGAGAAGGACCGUCGACAGGGCACGUGUCGCAUGAACAGGGAAAUGGAGGGGAAACGAAUAUAUCAGGACUGUCUGAUUCUCCCAAAGCGAUAGCCAGGGUUUCACUGUACGAUUGCCUGGCUUGCAGUGGAUGUGUUACGUCGGCAGAAGCUGUCUUGUUGGAUCAGCAUUCAGUAGACCAGUUUCUAUCAUCCGUUCGGGAAUCAACGAUGAAACCAGUAACCGUGGUGUCGAUUUCGUUCCAGUCUGUGACGGCUCUCGCGCAUGAAUUCCGUUGUGCUCCCAAUGUGAUGCUCCGGAAACUCUCAACUCUCUUUCGACUAGCCGGCGCAACGUACGUCUUACACACCGAAGUCAGCGAUGCUCUCGCUGUACUCGAGGCCGAGCGAGAGUUUGUAAGACGUUACAGAGAGGCACAGCUUCAACAAGCAGGGAGCAGAACUCAUGAAUGUGGUUCGGGGGAUGUCAGCCGUCGCGGGCAUCAUGGUAUGGUGUCUUCAUCCCUUGCCUCCGGCCGUCUGGUGGACGCGGCGAGCCCCGCUUCCGUCUCCGGUGGCGGUUUCCUGCCCGUCCUCACCUCUUUUUGUCCAGGGCUUAUGUGUUAUGCGGAGAAAAGCCUCGAUCCCUCCUUGUUACCUUAUUUUAGCCGCGUUCGAAGCAGCCAGCAGCUGCAGGGGGUUCUGGUGAAGGGCCUCCUACGCGAAUCGCAUAACAUGCGCCUGUUCUUCCUCAGUUGGCGGGUUUCCAUCCCAUUGUCGAAUUGGUUUCUGCCGCUGGCAGUGAAACAGGUUUUGGCACAGCACUGCCCCUUCACUGCAGUGGCGAACGAAUCGGAGAAGCGCUCACCAGUGGACAAGAUUCCAACCGCAGAGGGCGACAGACCCACGGCGACAGAUGCCUCCUAUUGUGGAAACCCAGAAGGUUUUUUACCAUCAGUGAGCGCAACACGUCAAAUCUGGGGCGAACAAGCUUCAGCUGAGGAUAUAUAUCACGUGUCUGUUAUGCCAUGUUUUGACAAAAAGCUUGAAGCUGCCAGACCGGAAUUUCGGACAUCUAAUACCACAGGAACAAGUGGCGUGGAAAUGGCGUCUGAAGGACGUGAAUUGCCGCCGUCGUCCCUCGCACAACGGAGUGAGUCCCCGGAGCGUGAUGGUAGUUCCCACAGUGGCGAUACUCCUGAUGUGGACCUUGUGCUGGCUACAACCGAGGUCCUGACACUAAUGGAGCGGCUAGGCGUUACUUUUGACGAGCUCGGCGAGUCUCCUGUAGAUGAUUUCUCAAGCCUACUCUGGCAAAACAACCUCUUCUCAUGGGUUCCUGCAGUGAAAUCUGCAAAUGGCGUAGGUGACUCGUCUCUCGCUGAGACUGGUGCAUCCAAAGAUUCUCCUCUCCAUGCUGGAUCUGAUUUUACCAGAUCGCGUACGCGUGCUCUUGGCGACAAACAAUCCAGGGGUUGUGCAAGUGUUGGGUCACCACCAAUUGAGGAUGAUCGAGGGCAACUGCUUCGCCCUUCUGAAUAUCUGUCAGGGAGUGGAGGAUAUACAGACCGUGUGUUCCGUCGCGCUGCGUGGGAGUUGUUCGGUAUCAAUGUUGAGGGCCCUCUCCAGUUUAAGGAAGGACGAAACGAGGACUACAAAGAAGUGGCCCUGGUGGUCGAUGGUCAAGAAAAAUUGCGCUUCGCCAUCGCUUACGGCUUCAGAAACAUUCAAAAUGUCGUCCAGCGGCUCAAACGUGAAGUCCGGGAAGAGACAUCGCUGCAUACCACUCGCGACCGUCUCAGAUCUACUGCACGUGACCCUGCGAACCGCGGAGAAAGUGACCCUCCACACGCAGAAAUGCAGUUGGACGACAGUGCAGAAGACGUGGUUCCUGUGUCUCGCGGAAGGGGCCAACGCGGGCAAACACCUUUUCCACAUUUUAUUGAGCUGGCAGCAUGCCCCGGCGGCUGUUUAAAUGGGGCGGGGCAGGCGUUGGCGCACGAGGGUAUCCAGCGAGCGACGUGUAAGACCUUGUCUGACGGCAAAUCGAUAGUGUCAACGAAAAAACAUCGGGCAGCAACUGAUGGGAGCGCGCCUCUCUUAAACACAGGCGAACCAGGGGUCGAGCAUGCGGCGAACCCACGUGAAAGUGGGAUCAGAGAGGACAAUACCAGGCAGCAAGAGACAAGGAGGGACGCAGACACCUUGUCGCGCAAGCCGGCAUGGGAGCGACAGGAGCCACUCACAGGUAUGGCCGAUCUUCUUCAGUCAUCCUUUGUUUUUCAAGAUCCGCUGCGCUGGCCGGAAGUGGAGCUGGCUUACAAAUUUCUUCAGGGACGUCCGUCUGGUCCUUCAAAGAGGUCAGACAGGGAGGCCACAAGGAUGCAGAAAGUUCAGGCGAGGCUUUCACGGCAGGGACGCGGGCGGAAAGUCAAGGAACCUGCGCAUGACUGGUGGCAGGAGGUUAUGAAAGAAGAAACGGCGUGGGAGAAACUGUACACCGAUUUCAAGAGCAUCCUUCCUGUACUCACCCGCGGCUCUGGAACCACCCGGGCGUCACUGAAGUGGUAG